CCGGAGCUGGAGUCGGAGCCCGAGCGCAUCCUCGCCAUGGACUCGGCCCUCAGCGACCCGCACAACGGCAGCGUAGAGACAGGCGGUGCGGCCAACGGCACGACGCGGCCGCCCUCCACGCCCGAGGGCAUCGCUUUGGCCUACGGCAGCCUGCUACUCAUGGCGCUCUUGCCCAUCUUCUUCGGCGCCCUGCGCUCCGUGCGCUGUUCCCGCGGCAAGAACGCCUCGGACAUGCCUGAAACCAUCACCAGCCGAGACGCCGCGCGCUUCCCCAUCAUCGCCAGCUGCACACUCCUGGGGCUCUACCUCUUUUUCAAAGUUUAUUUUCCCAAUAAAAGUUUUACAGGCUCAAUGUUGAAAACCUGGAAAACACAGAAAAUUAAAAAAGGGAAAACAGCAAUCAUCCAAAACCCCACUUCCAGAGACAGUCACAGAUUCCCUUUGGAGAUAUUCUCCCAGGAGUACAUCAACCUCUUGCUGUCCAUGUAUUUCUUCGUACUGGGAAUCCUGGCCCUGUCCCACACCAUCAGCCCCUUCAUGAAUAAAUUUUUCCCAGUGAACUUUCCAAAUCGACAGUAUCAGCUGCUCUUCACUCAGGGCUCUGGGGAAAACAAAGAAGGUGGGAGGGGCAGCCCCGCCCCGGGGAGUGGACUUACCUGGCCUCUCUGCCCAGAGAUCAUCAAUUAUGAGUUUGACACUAAGGACCUGGUGUGCCUGGGCCUAAGCAGCAUUGUUGGCGUCUGGUACCUGCUGAGGAAGCACUGGAUUGCCAACAACCUCUUUGGCCUGGCUUUCUCCCUAAACGGGGUAGAACUGCUGCACCUGAACAACGUCAGCACUGGCUGCAUCCUGCUGGGUGGACUCUUCGUCUAUGAUGUCUUCUGGGUAUUUGGGACCAAUGUUAUGGUGACAGUGGCCAAGUCCUUUGAGGCACCAAUAAAAUUGGUAUUUCCCCAGGAUCUGCUGGAAAAGGGCCUUGAAGCGGACAACUUCGCCAUGCUGGGACUCGGAGAUAUUGUCAUUCCAGGGAUCUUCAUUGCCUUGCUGCUGCGAUUCGACAUCAGCCUGAAGAAGAACACUCAUACCUACUUCUACACCAGCUUCGCAGCCUACAUCUUUGGCCUGGGCCUUACCAUCUUCAUCAUGCACAUCUUCAAACAUGCCCAGCCCGCCCUCCUGUACCUGGUUCCUGCCUGCAUCGGCUUUCCGGUCCUGGUGGCCCUGGCCAAGGGAGAAGUGACAGAGAUGUUCAGUUAUGAAGAAUCGAAUCCUAAAGAUCCAGCAGCAGGGACAGAAUCCACAGAAGCAACAGAGGCAUUAGCAUCGAAGGGGCUGGAGAAGAAAGAGAAGUGAUGCUGGUGCCUGAUGUGUGGAGACCGGCUAGACAAGCGCGGGAUGGACACACGGGGCGGGGCACGGGAAACUGGUGGCUGCUCCAGGACUAGCGGUGGGGAGCAGCAUCCCUCCAGCCCGCUCUCCAUAGCCUCUCUUUCCUUCUUCCCCUCCUCUGGCCUUUUCUGCUCCUCCUCAGCCCUGCAGGCAAAGGAAACCCCCAGCUUCCUCCCUCCCCAGGAGCCAGGUGGAACACUGGGUGUGAUUUUUAAGAUUUUUGUAUUGUGGACUGACUUUGCCUCAUAUUAAAAACUCAUCCCAUGGCCAGUUGGGCUGCUGUGCUCCUGGAAACCUGGAAGGCU